UACAUGAGCAAAGAAGAGCUCAUCCUGGACUUUCUUUGAGUGUCAGAGCUGGAGUUAGCAAGCUCCUCUGUGCUUUUGGGUCAAGCAAAACAAGACCAGGGAGUCGAGCUGAGAGAAGAUGUGUCUAAUUUUGCUGUCUUAAAUGCACCUUAGCAAUUAUGACACCUGCUUCUUUUUUUUAAUCUUGAAGAUGCCUGAAGUCGAGCAAGCUGUUCUCUUCUAUUGACACUGAAAAAGUGGUUCAGGGCUAUGUUUGUCACACAUCUUUUGCUUGUGGUUUUAAAAAUCACUUUGGUCAGUGUGUCACCGGAGGAGCCCGGGAGUUGUCCCAGAGGAUAUCAAACACAGAAAGAAAAUUCCUCAUGCGUAGAACCUACACCAUUCCUAGUUUUCAGCCAAGGAAAUGCAAUCUUUAGAAUAGAUACAGAAGGAACCAAUCACAAAAGACUGGUGACUGAUGCUGGCUUAGCAACGUUAAUAGAUUUCCAUUAUGAGGAAGAUCAUCUUUAUUGGGUGGACACUGAAGAAGGUCUUCUCCAACGAGUGUCCCUGAAUGGUUCAAAUCAAGAGACAAUUUGCUACAUAGGAAAAGAUGUUUCUGGAUUUGCAGUAGAUUGGAUAAACCAAGAAAUUUACUUUGCUCACUAUCAGAGGGCCACAAUUGAGGCAGUCAACAUGAAUGGAAAUUCUCGAAUCAUCAUAAAUGAUGAACACCAUCCCACCAGUAUUGCAGUUGAUCCAAGCAAGAGGUUUUUAUUUUGGUCUUCUGAAGGAGCCAUCAACAGCAUCUAUAGAGCAGUUCUGAAUGAAAAAGAGGUGUGGAGAGUUCUAAGAAGCACAGGAAAAAUCAGAAGUAUCUCAUUAGAUUUUAUUGAUCUAAGGCUCUUCUGGAUCCAGUACGAUGACAAUGAUGAAAUUUCAAAUAUUGGAACCUGUGACUAUGAUGGUAGUUCUGCCCAUUUAUUCAAGUAUAUAGUACGAAACCAACUUUCUGACAUAUUUCUCUUUGCUGAUCACAUGUACUAUUCUGACUCAACCACUGGUAGUAUUCGUAGAGCCAGUAAAUACACAGGAAAAGAUAUAGUUGUAAUUAACCUGCAGCCAUCACUUCCUCCACCUGCUGAGAUACUGGUAGUGCAUCCAUUGCAACAGCUUGGCAUAAGGAGGGAUUACAAAGCAUUUGAAGGGAGACCCUGCCUUUCAACCCAAAAAAGCUGCAAGAGAAGUACCUGCAAGCGAGACUCCAAGAGCAGUCAGUGCAAAUGUAUGAGCGGCUUUACCUUAAGCAAAAACAGGCGAUAUUGUGAAGAUGUCAACGAAUGUGCAUUAUGGAACCAUGGAUGUACUUUAGGCUGUGUCAAUAUCCCAGGCUCCUAUUAUUGUACUUGUCCAAGGAAUUUUGUUCUACUCCCUGACAAGAGAACUUGCCAUGAACUUAUUUCCUGUCCAAGCAAUUACAUUCACUGCAGUCAUGGUUGUGCACAGACACCUGAGGGACCAGUUUGCUUUUGCCCUGAAGGGUCCAUUCUCAAAGCAGAUGGAAGAACAUGCACAGGUUGUACAUCUCCAGAUAAUGGUGGCUGUAGCCAGAUUUGUAUUUCUCUGAGUCCAUCAUCCUGGGAAUGUAGCUGCUUUCCUGGCUAUAGUCUCCAGGAGGACAAAAGGCAUUGCAUCACUACAGGGCUGAAGCCAUUUCUGUUGUUUGCAAACAGCCAAGAAAUCCGCCGUAUUGGUUUUGAUGGAACAGAUUAUUCAAGUUUACUUGACUGGCAGAUGGGAAUAGUCUUAGCGCUGGACUAUGACCCUGUUGAAAAUAAGAUUUAUUUUGCCCACACAGCUUUGCAGUGGAUAGAGAGAACUAGUCUGGAUGGCUCAGACCGUGAAAAAGUUAUCCACGAGGCAACUGAGAGACUUGAAGGGCUUGCUGUUGACUGGAUUAACCGUAAAUUGUACUGGACUGACUGGGGAAAGUCCUGCAUUGAAAGUAGCAAUCUAAAUGGAAUGCAGAGGAAAAUAAUUAUCCAGGAGGAUGUGUCUCAGCCUCGAGGAAUUGCAGUUCAUCCAUUCACUGAGGAACUAUUUUGGACAGACCUAGGAAUUAAUCCACGAAUUGAAAGAUCUUCCUUACAAGGCUCUGAUCGGCUCAUUAUAGCAGAGACAGAUUUACUUUGGCCCAGUGGAAUAACGAUUGACUACUUUGCUGACAAGUUGUAUUGGUGUGAUGCACAAAAGUCUGUUAUUGAAACUACAAAUCUGGAUGGUUCUGAACGGCGAAUACUCACACAGAAUGAUGUAGGUCAUCCAUUUGGCAUAACAGUGUUUGGGGACCACAUUUGGUUCUCUGAUUGGGCAAGGCCUUCGUUACUGAGAAUGGACAAGAAGACUGGCCUAAAUAAGGUCCGACUUGGAGGCAACAUGUUGAGGCCCUCGUCAUUGACAGUCAUUCACCCUUUAGCAAAACCAGGCCGCAGGUUCAUAUACACAGAGGGAGUGCUGAGUAACAAGACAUUAGCACUGGAACAACUCUACCAACGUCCUCUGAGUAACAGUGCAUAUGGAGAUAGCAAUGGGAAUGAUCGCCAGAUGAAACUGACGCUGACUGCUGAAAUCGUUGUGUCUAACCAGGACAAUUGUAUAUGGUUGGGAUGUGAUGUCAAUGCCCAGUGCAUUUUGAAUGAAGAUGGUGCUACUUGCCAAUGCCAGACAGGGUUCAUCAUGGAAGGCCAACUGUGCUAUGAUGUCGAUGAGUGUGUGUUUAACAUGGGCAAAUGCAAUCAGAGCUUGUCAAGGUGUAUCAAUACGGAAGGCAGCUACUUUUGUGAGUGCCUUGUGGGAUAUACUGAAGAUGGACUUCAUUGUUCUGGUAAGCAAGAGGCAUCAUCACAACUGAAAGACAUAUUCGAGCCAGGCAAAAACACUCAGAGAGGACAUGGGACAGAAGCAGUAAGAGAACCUGUCACACCUCCUCCCACUCCAACCCGUGAUGAGUCCACUGUAUCGGAGCAGGAAAUUCCUGCUGGGUGCCCAUCGUCGUACUGUCUCCAUGAGGGACUUUGUGUUUAUUUUUCAGAACUGCAAGCUUUUGCAUGCAAAUGUGUGAGAGGCUACCUGGGAGAGCGCUGCCAGUUCAGUGACUUGGAAUGGUGGGAGCAGCAACACGUGAUGCAAAGAAACAAACAGAAUGUCGCCACUGCAGCUUGCUGGGCUGUGUUGUUCCUGACCCUUCUUCUUGGAGUUGGUGCUCUCUAUUGCUACAGUAGACAACAGAGGCUUUGCAAGAAGGAGCUAUGUGCAGAAGCAAUACAAGACAGUAGCAGCAGCAGCGCUGACAGCGACAACAUGAAGCUCCCAAGCAGCAAGCCACUGUUAAUUAUAAUGGAAUGCAAUGGCAACAGUGAAGACAGACGUAUAGAUGGAACAGACUACGAUACGAAAGAUCUUGAUUAUUUCUGCCUUUCAAAAACCUUUUGAGCAAAGGAAAUCUGGUCCACCAACGCUGGCAAACGAAGUAACAGAUCAGGCCUCUCUCUUGGCAUCAGUCUUGUGAAUCAGAGAAUGACCUUCAACGUCUUCUGUGGAAAGCCAGCCUUAAACACUCCCCAAAGUGAGACUUCCUCGGCAACUUCACACAGUCAGUUAAAGCAAGCAGAUUAAAGAACCUUUCACAGGGCACCGAUGGUGUGUUAAGUAACCGAAAUGUAUGAUCUUUCAAAACAAAUUUUAAAAGAAUUAUUUUAUUGAAACUAAUUUCUACACGUUUGUAAAAUAAAAAA